AUGUUCAGAGCGGCCGCGUUUCCCAAAAUCGUCACCCGUGCAUCGCUCACCGCGAGGUUGGCCGUUCUUCGCACGCCGGGACCUACAUCAAUGCCAAUCAGAUUCCACGGUCAUGUGCAUAAGCCCAAAGCGGGCGAAGAACUGCAUGUCACUUUCAUUCUAAAAGACGGUACACAGCAGAAGUACGAAGUCUGUGCAGGAGACUCUCUGUUGGACAUCGCCCAGGCUCACAACUUGGACAUGGAGGGCGCGUGUGGAGGUUCGUGCGCUUGCUCGACGUGUCACGUGAUCGUCGAUCCAGAUUACUACGAUGCCCUAGAGGAACCGGAUGACGACGAAAACGACAUGCUGGACUUGGCCUACGGUCUCACCGAGACCAGUAGGCUGGGCUGCCAGAUCAAAAUGAGCAAGGAUAUAGACGGGAUUCGUGUGGCCCUGCCUGCGAUGACUCGCAACGUAAGCAGCUCUGAUUUUGAGUGA